GUGAGGCAGUCAGCUACUACCUCUCACUGACGCUUACUUGGACUUGGAACCCACAAAAUCAAGGCGGCAAACUGUGGGCUGCAAUGUUUGGGUUCCCGCGCUUAUUGACUUUAAAUUCAUCGAAAAUUCUCCACGACAGAGGCUGAGAUGGCUCAAUCACCUAACUGGAGAGAAGAUGGACCUUUUCUAUCUCUGAUGAACCCCUGAGAAUGGCCCUGGCCCCUGUGUACCAGUUUCAGGAGCUCCCUGAAGGCCUGGAGUUGGUGGCACCCUUUGGAAGAUUCAGGGUUCAUAGUGGAAUAGCUGUGGGCAGGUGUUGUGAAGUUUAUGAAGGGGAGGACUGUCUUCAGGGAGAGUGUGUGGCAGUGAAGGUGUUCCGACGUCACCAGCAGUACCAAGGAGCACUGCAGAGGAACUGUUCUUCCUUAAGUCCCUGGCAGCAACAGGAGCACCUCUAGUGCGUCACAUUGGAGAGCUGCAGUGGAGGGGACGAGACAUCCUGGUGCAGGAGCUCCUGGGCCCCACACUGAGGGACAUUCUGCUGAGCUAUGACCACCAGCCCAGCUCACCCUGGCUCAUCACCACCCUCACCACACACUUGCUCAGGGGACUGGAGCACCUUCAUGACAAGGGUGUGGUGCAUGGGGACCUCAAGCCUCCAAACAUUCUAUGGGAUGCUGACCUGGCAACCUUCAAACUCAUAGACUUUGGUGUGAGCUUCACUACAUCAGAGGAGCUCACCCACGCUGUGCAGAGCAAAGGAUAUCAGGCACCAGAGUGUGUUAUGUGGAGCAAGGCAGUGGCGGAGGACAACUUGGAGUCAGCAGAGAAGCCAGGGACAGCAGCAGACAUGUGGAGUGCCGGCUGUAUUGUGGCAGAGUGCGUUAUCAAUAGACAGCUGUUCCCAGCGGGCUUCCAGUGUGAGGAUGUGCCGGGGGACUUGCACUCCGCCAUCACCUCUGUUAAAACCAAUUUCCCUCCAAAGUACCUUGAGGGAUGCUACAAAUUCCUCUUAAGAUGUAUCCAGUUGUGCCCAGCAGACCGGGAAAGGGUGAGGCAGCUGCUGGAGGACCCUUGGCUGCAGCAGUGCCCCCGGCCCUCCUUCCAUGACCUGCUGCACAUUCCCACCCGUGUGGUGCGCUUCAUGGCACUGACGGACCCACACCCGUACCCACCGCUGGCUUAUGAGAUGGAGAACAUGGUGGUAAGUCUGUGCAGACGACAUGGGGCAGUGCAGGGCCACCACCUAGAGCCCUCGCUGGGCCACCUGUACGUCUGCUUCCAGACCGCCCGUAAGGCAGAGGCAGCACUGGACCAGCUGUCUGGUGUGCCCUUCAUGGGACACACACUGGUGGCCACUUUUUAUCCUCCAGAGUAUUGGAUGAGGAGAGAAUUCUUCUGAUGCUGAGGUGUGUGUGUGUGUCUGUGUGCACGUGUGUGUGUGUGUGUGUGUGUGUGUGUGUGUGUGUGUGUGUGUGUGUGUGUGUGUGUGUGUGUGUGCAUUUGCGUGUGUGUCUUCAUUGCACGAAUACAUGUUAGUUUAUCAGGCUAGUCACAUAUGACAACUAGAUUUCAUAAGAGAAGCAUACAGUGUCAAAAGUACCCUCGCUUUAUUAGACAACCAUCCCUAACAGUGACCGUGAUCAAGACAAGCCAGUAUUUGGAGGAGACUUACACAGUAGUAGAGGGAAGACCAGCCUGACAAUGAGUGAACCAAAUCCCACACAACUCUUCAAGUGUUGUUCUCAGAUUGUUUAACACUGGCAAAAUGUUAAGUACAGUGGUGUGAUGUACCCUUCAGACAUCAUUCAGAACCAACUACCAGGACAUCCCUACAGUCAUCCAUCCAAUGUCCGUCCUGAUUCAUACACAGAUCCAGAUUUUUUUUUUUUUUUUUUUUUUUUAUGCAAUAGGGAAACUAGCCACGGACAAGAAAAGAUUAAGAAAAAAAAAACCACUUAAAAUGCUAGCUCCUUUAAAGAUUGAUGAAGAAUUAACCAAAGUUCAGGGACAAAUGUCUUGAAGAAUCGAAUCAGUCACAUGUGCAGGUGCUGGUGUGGCUCACCUUUCUUGCAAGUAUGAAAAGGGGAAAAAUAAUAAUGAUAAUAAUAAUAAUAAUAAUAAUAGUAUUGGCCAUGUCAGAUUAACCCACUCACUGCUGCUUGAUACAUCUUUCUUUAGUUACUGAUUAGUGUGGAAUGUUUCUUCUUAUUCUACUGGUACUUUCAAACAUUAAGUAGAAAGAGCAAAAUCUAUUCUUUUCUUCCCCUUCUUUCUUGUAGAUGCCUAUAAAGAUUUGAUGCAUUGCUCUUAGUGGUGUGAAUUGUUGCACAUCACAGUGAAAGGGUUGUCUCACUGUUUACUUGGCAGCAGUACAGAACACAUCCAGACAUGGCUGCACCUGGGUAUUAAUGAGUCUCGGUAAUGGAAGGGUUGCUGCACAGGUUUAAUUUGUCCCUAAAUUUGUCAGGCUGCAAAUUGAAGUUCAGAUUACAAUACUUGACUUAGUGUUUGGCUCUUGGUUCUAGAUUUGCACUUUACUCAGGAUAGGUGGGUAGAUAAUUACCAAGCUUCAGGAGGUGUCUUCAAAGCCAACAUAAUUAGUACAUAAUUGUCUGUUAGUCCAAAGUUUUAUGGAGUACAAAUUAUAUUAAAUAUUUUAUAAUAAA